AUGGCUGAGGCCGGCGCUGCAACUACGGGCACCAGAUCUGUUUCAGGGUUGCGCAAGUUGCUCUUCCUGAUCCCCACCGUGGACGAAAUCCAUGCGAAGGUGAUGCUUGCGAGCACCCUUGAUGUGCGUUCGAGAGAGAGCGGAAGGAACCUUUGCUGGGGCAGGGGUGGCGAUGCGUGCGACAUGGGUGCAUGGCCGCGGGCAAAAACCGAGGGUUUCGAAAUGGCCUCGCCGCAGCUUACCUGA